AUGUGUCGAGGCGAGAACGUCCAGUGCAAGGAGUGCUGCCGACUGAGCAGCCGAAUCGUCGAGCUCUGCAUCCGUGGCGAGCUGAUGGCGACCUGCCCCGAAACCAUCAUCGAGGGUGUCAGUUUAGAAAAGGAAAGUAGAAGGUUGAGCAAACAUCGACGCAAGGACAUGUCCCGAGGAGAGGGUAGGCUAUUACCUGAAGCGUCGGAAACGAUGACUAGACUUCGGGCCGAGCCUGAAAAGUCACCUGGUCUUUUAAACCAAGCAAACAUGGAAGGUAUUCGUCUAUGCUUUGUUUCUGAAGCACGGGCUGGGAUAAAUUUAGCGCACUGA